UCUGUCCAACACCCACGUCAGCAAAACCUUUUGUCUAACAUUCGGGCUUCCGCGAUUUAGGGUUGCAUAUACAAAAAAUAAAUAACAUUACUUUUAAAACAGAGAACACAGAAAUUUUGAAGACAGCUCACCUGGGAGAAAACAGCUGUACUGACAGAAAGAAGUAAUUAAGGUGUCACGCUGUUAUGGAGAUUUCUUCCCAUCACUCCCGUGUCCUACAGCAGCUGAAUGAGCAACGCAGGCAGGAACUGUUUUGCGACUGUAGCAUUGUUGUAGAAGGACGCCUUUUCCGAGCGCACCGAAAUGUACUGUUUGCCAGCAGUGGCUAUUUUAAGAUGCUGCUUUCUCAAAGUGCUCGAGAACCAGGACAGCCAACAACAGCCACCUUUGAGGUCUUCUCUCCUGAUACCUUCCUGGUCAUUUUAGACUUUGUUUACACAGGCACAUUAUCUUUGACUAGUCAGAAUGUAAUAGAAGUGAUGUCAGCUGCUAGUUACUUGCAGAUGACUGACAUAAUUGGUGUGUGCAAAACAUUUAUAAAGUCAUCUCUGGACAUCAAUGAGAAGGAGAAAGAUCGCUAUUUCAGUCUCACAGAUAAAGGCACAAGUAACACUAAACCCGAGGAGCGCCCUCCAAUGUAUGGUGCAGGGUGGGGUGCAGAAAAUAGUCCCACCCCUCCUCAUAUGAACCCUGAUAUGGGAGUGGGAGUGGUAGCUGGAAAUUCCUGGCGCAGUUAUGGAUUUCAUCCUGGACCGUUGUUAGGUGUGCAACAGCCAGUUAAGGAGCACAUGGAAGACCCUGCAAAAAAGCACCGAAUGCACCUAGGAAUGCUUUCCCCUGGAAUUCAAAUCCCUCAUUAUAAACCAAGUAAACCAGUUGAUAGUAGUAGGACUGGGAGGUCACUGGAACCUCCUAAUCACUCCAGCCACCUUCCUCCUCCUCCUCCUCCUGCUGUAUCAGAAGAACAGGCUCAGCUUAGUGGAGAAGUGGAUACCACUCACAUGGGAUACCAGCACGGCCAGGGUACAGAUGUCAUGUCAAGGAACUGGCCUCUAGUGCAGACAGAGCAUGACCCCACAAUGUCAGUAACCAAGCACAAAGCUUCGAAAGCUGAUGAAAUAUAUGCAUCCAUGCCAACAAUUUUAGGAGUCAUGACCAACUGGAGAGAAGAUGAGCUUCCGCGGAUGAGAUUUCGAUGCCCAUUUUGCACCCAUACAGUCAAGCGAAAAGCAGAUCUGAAGCGACAUCUUCGUUGCCACACAGGUGAACGUCCUUAUCCAUGUGAAGCAUGUGAAAAACGAUUUACCAGACUUGAACACCUUCGCAGUCAUUUCCAAACAAUCCACCAGGCUGGCAAGCCCAUCUGCCGAAAAUGUAAACGUCAUGUGACAGAGCUAACUGGACGGGUUGUGCAGGAGGGGACGAGGCGCUACAGGUUGUGUAAUGAGUGCCUUGCAGAGAGUGGCAUGGAGAACAUUUCUGUCGACCUGGACUCAGAUUGUGCAUCAUUCCAGCAUGGGAAGGAGUCUGUUUGGAGCUUUGAAGACGAUCACAGUCCUGAUGCCGAAUUGAUAGACGAUACAUCAGACCUUGUUAUCCAACAGGUUGAUGACAGUGACGAUGACACAGUGGAAGAAAAGGAAGUUAAACCAAACAUCCAGUAGCUGCACAGACCAUAGUUUUGACAUGCUUAAUUGAAAAUGAUUAAAUGCUGUAAAUGUCCCCACAGCUACCAAAUUGGACAGUGAUGGUGUUUAAUAAUGUUUAUUUUUUCACUGAGUUUUUCUGUUUUUUUUUUCUCUUUUUGUUAGUAGGACAUUGGUUUGCAAAGAAAACAACUUUUGUCUGCAAAUGGGCAAGAUUAUUCAUGUAAAUACUCUGUUAGCAAUUGCAUUGUUAAGUUAAUUUCCUACCAGAUGCACAUCCUGCAGUGUAAUGCAUGAGUAUUUAAGGAAAGCAGCCAUGUUAGGUUCACCUUUUAGAUCCACAGCAGUUACAGCUAUUUCUUGUUUCAUUUGUCACAUGUCCUCCCUGAGUAGGCCAUGGUGAUGUCUAAUCAUUUCAUAUACUUAUAUUAUAAUACCUUCCAUUGUUAUUUGGUUACUCAUUUCAUUCAUUCCCUAAUUUUCUGCUUAAUCCAGGGCAGGGUGAUAAAGGAACUGGGGUAUCUCCUGGCACCUUUUGGGUAUAGGGUGUAGCACUGCAUUCUGACUGGGGUACCAACCUACUGCACAACGUGCAUACACUUAGUUGUCACACUGCCCUCAUACUUUAGGGCAGUUUAAAAGACCACUAUUUCACCUAUGAUGAAAACUCACGCAGCCACAGGGAGGACAUGCAGACUCCAUACAGGCACCCCUACCAAGAACCACACUGGAAAGCCAUUGCUAAUCAGUGCCCCUUAAUAUUCAAAUUGUUAUUACAACACAACAGUUCAUUUGAGAAAUUAGAUAUACUGUGUCUAACACAAACCUGUCAGGUUAGUCAAGAUGAGCUGAAAUUGACUUUACAUUAACCCCCAUCACAUCAUCUUUGGGCUUUUUGGACAAAAGAAAUUAAAAUACUGGAGCAGUUCCUAGCCAGUGCAGCUUCACACCUGUGGAUCUAUUAUUUGUUGAUUGCCAUGACUCACACCUGUGGAUCUAUUAUUUGUUGAUUGCCAUGACUGAAUCUACAUGCAUUCCUAGAUUAUCUCACUGAUUUCAGAUUAAAUGAUACAUUCUAAUGACUUACUUCAGAGACUUAUUUUGUUUUGUAAACAUGUUUUAAGAAAAUUUCCAUAAACCAUUAAUGAAGAAAAUAUUUGAAUAAUAUUUGUAUUUAAAACAUAAUCUUAAAUAGUGUAUUAUUAUUGUAAAUAUACAUAUUUAUAAUUUACAUUUUUUAAAGAAAAUUAUCUGUAUGCCGUUUUAAUGCUUCUGUCAAUCCACUUUAAUAUUAAAUAUAAUUUGUGGUUCUUUUUAUGGCUAAAGCUGUUUUGGCAUCGAUUGCUUUGUUGGAAAUUAUAAUAAACUGCCUUGUGAAGUAUUUGA